AAAAAUGUUUUCUACAGUAAUUGUUUCGGGAAAAAAAAAGGAGGGGUGUGAAGGAAAAAUAAAAUAACAUACUCCGCCAAAUUCCGCGGCGGCGAGCCGGGAGAAGCGACCGCGCCACCUCUUCCUCCUUCGCCUUUGCCCGCCCCGCCGGCAAGCUUCGCCCCUCCAACCAAGUCCCAGAUCGCAGCCCGACGCAACGCGCAAUCCCUCCCGCUGCCCUCGAAACCACGAUCAAGGAGGAUGGCGUACGUGGACCACGCCUUCUCCAUCUCCGACGACGACGACCUGGUCGGCGGCGCGGCGGGGGGCCCGCGCGGCGCGCCCGUCAAGGAGAUCGCCUUCGCCGCCGCGCUGCUCGCGUUCGGCGCCCUCGGCGCCGUCGCGGGCCUCUUCAUGGCCGCCCACCUCGUCGGCGGCGACCGCUCGCACGGGAUCUUCUUCACCGUGCUGGGCGUAGUAAUGUUCAUCCCCGGGUUCUACUACACAAGAAUAGCAUAUUAUGCUUACAGAGGGUACCAUGGCUUCUCUUUCUCCAACAUCCCUGCUAUCUGAACCUGGUUGGAUCGUCGCGUCGAAUGACCCUUCUUAACAUAUAUACUUGCUAUUUUCUUUUCAUUUCUUUCUCUGUACCGUUACAGAGUGGUGUAGUAGUUGUACAUACGGAGUACAAAAUUAAAUAAAAAUACCAGUGUAAUGAGACCGUGACAUUAUGGCGAUUCCACCUGAGAAGUUGACCGUUCUGUGAUCCUGUUGAGCUGUCAGCCUACCCGCACCUGCUACUUACUGCAUUCGGUUCUGUUGUCUGAUAGUGCAGGCAUCGUCAAGGCAGUUGAAUGCAGAUCUACUCUGUCUCUGUUGGGUACUUGGGUUGCAAGCAAUUUGUCGCACUACCCAAUGGCAUCCAUUUGGAAUGGGAAACAUGGCAGGGGAAUUUCGACAUGUUAUAUCAACUGUUAAGUUUGAAGCUAA